AUGAAUGAGGAUUGGUUCGUCGAAAUGAGACGACUUCUUGCCGCUUCACAGAAUAACACUUGUAGAACGUUAGUUGUAAAAGAAGGAACGCCAGAAUCAAAAAUAAGAAGACUUGAAUCUCAACAUCCAGAUAUUUGUUGGCAGUAUAGAAGUGCAAGUGCGCUUGUGCUUUAUCAAUUAGAGCAAGCGAAGAAAUAUGAGCAAAUGCCUAACGAUUUUCUGCCGACAUUCCAUGCUCGUGUGCUCUACUUGCAUUCACCAUUUGACCUUGCCAUUCAGCCGAAAUAUCUUGAUAAUGCACGCAAAAAUCUAUCGAAGUCGAUGAAUGAUUAUUUUAUGAACGAAGAACCAACAGUUUUCGAACGGAAUCAGCUUAUUGAAGGAGUUGCGUGUGUUGUUCGAUUAGACGAAAAAUGGCAGCGAGCAAGAAUUGAUAGAGUUGUUUCACGCGAUUUUGUGAGUAUUUCGCUUGUGGAUUUCGGAAGAGUGAAAGUUAUCAAUCCGUCAAAUAUUUAUCAUUUACAAAAGCAGCUGGGAAAAAUUCCGCCAUUAGCACUUGUUUGUGCCAUUAAAGGAGUUCAAUAUCAUAGCAUUGAUAUUGAUGUAAUCCAUAACUUUCGAAAAACUGUUUCCGAUUUAAAGUACCAAGUACAAUGCCAAAUAACGAACUCAUCUCAACCAUAUUUAAUUAAUUUAUUUCAUCCAACUAUUCACGGGUUUAACCUGUGCGAGCACAUGUAUGGACUUUGUGAACCACCGCCGCCUCCUCAUGUUCUGGAAUCAGCUGAAGAAUUGUCGGACGAGGAAACAUCGGAUGAUGAGCAAAUGCCAAUUCAAAUGUAUAUAAAGGCGUUUCCGCGAUCGGAAAAGGCUUCGAGAUUUAGCGAUACAUUUUUUUAUGUUGUGCAUGUUGAACAUGCGAAUUUAAUUUAUUUGGAAAAUGAAUGGAUGCGUGAGAGGCGAAAGCAAAUCGAGAGCAGCAUUGAGGAGAUUUUUGAAGACCUGUAUGUGAUUCCGAAGGAUUGGUACGUUGUUGGUGCUGCGUGCGCAAUUCUCGCACCUACGCCGAAGCGAGCUGUUAUUCAGAACAUAUCUGAGAAUUCCACAGAAUAUUUUCUUAUUGAUUACGGAAUUCACGUUGAAUUAGACAAAAGCGAGAUGCCCAGAAUACUGCCUGCCUCUGCCAUAUUUAGUGAAAUUCCGCAAAUCACUGUCACGGGACUAACUACGACGAAACCAGUGCAUUAUUCGGCAAUCAAGAUCCUUCGAGAUAUUUUACCUGUGGGAAAAAGAGUUCGUUUUCACCUCUCAAAGAAAUCUGACUGGAAUAUUGUUCGUGGGGAUUUGACAAUUGAUAGGAUACAAGACGUUGAAGAAAUGAUGAAUGAGAUUCUGGAAGAGGAAUCGAUUAACAUUUAUUGCAAAACAGUGGAUAUAUUCAGAUAUUUCGCUGAUAUCCGAUACGAAGCAUUCUCCAUCGCAUUCCGAUUAUCCACGGCCUCCGUAUUCCGAUCAAAAAACGCAUCGCUGUUCAUGCAUUUGUUGAUACUCGCACUUUUACUUUUGUCUUCGUGUCAUGCAAAUCCAGAUGACAUUGUUCUGAAGCUAUCAGCCGAUAAGCAGGGACAAACUUCUGGACAUCAUUUCAGCGGAGAAUGGCUUGAAGCUCCAUGGGGAUCUCUUUACCAAUUCAGAGCAGGUGAUCAGAGUUGGCUGACGGCCAGAGAGCAUUGCUUGUCGCUGAAUGCUGAUCUUGCAGUACUUAACAGCACCGACCAACUGGACUGGAUCUUAUCACAUUAUGCGCCAAUCUCGUCAAGAUUCUCUCAGCGAUUCGUUCAGAUCGGAUUGUAUGCCGAAGAUGGAAAAGUUGAUGGAUGGAAAUGGGUUGAUGGAUCUAGCGUCAGCGAUCAAUUUCACUGGUCCAACACCGAGCCUUACGAUCACUCAUCCGAAACAAAAGAGCGUUGUGGGUUGCUGAGUGUUGAGAAGAAGAGAUUCCAUGAUGUUGACUGUGAGGCGACUUCUAAGGACCAUCGAGCAAUCCGAUAUAUUUGUCAGCGAUCCACUGAAAAGCAUAAGGAACAGCAGAAAUCGAACAACUACAUCUGGGGAAAGAUUGAACAAUUAUUCGGCUUUUUUGGCAUUGGAACAACGCCGACUAAAUAUCCGGAGAAUACGCAAAACCUCAGUUAUGAUUAUGAAACGGAACUACGAAAAAAUCAAAGUGUGAAGUUCACUGACUCUGUCGAAGAAGAUUCGAGUGAAGAAGAAGAGCAUGUUCUGAAUACUCUUUCGAAGUUGCCAAAGAUUGAAACCCCCUCUGAAGGAUCUGCUGACAAUGUCGAGAGUCUUAAAGAGAUCAGUGAAGGAAGCGGGCAUGCGGAGAAGGCUGAAAUUGAAAACACCGCCGAGGAUGAGGCGAAGCUUGAUAACAUGAUUGCCAAGAUGGAAGAGAUGAUCAAAAAUGUCGACGAAUUCACGACAAUUUCGAGCAUCGAAAGAACAACAAUUUCGAGUCGAAGCUUUGCGAAUGAAGUUGACGAAGAAACUGAAAAUGAGAAAGAACCGGUGAAGAGGGAACUCGACGAUAAUGAAGUCGCUGCGUCAAUCGAAGAGGACUUUAAUGAGGAAAAAACAAAGGAUAUGCCGAAAGCUGAUAUUACUCCACCAAAGAUAGAGCAAGACAAAGAGGAUUGUGUUGAAGGAAGUGGUGAUGAAGGAAGUGGAGGAAGUGGUGAGGAAGACGACGACGAGAUCGCUGAGAACACUACUCCAAAGCUUGUGGAUGAAACCGAAUUCCAAACAAUUGAACUAUCAAAAGAGAAAGAAGAGCACAUCAAAGAAUUCCUUGGGGUUCUUAGACUUUUCCUUAAUCGUGCCGAGCACGGAGAUCUCAAGAAGCUUUUGAGCGAGAAUAAUGGAAAAACUCUUCUUGAUCGAAUGAAAAAUGCAAUCAAAGAGGCAAAUGAAAGAGAGUUUAAGAUGCUCGAAAAAAUGGAAGAAGCUAGAACUAAAGGAAAAGGCACUGAAGAGAUAGAAGAGAGCAAGACUCGAUUAAUGACUGACACAGAACAAAAGGAAAUCUACAAGAAGAUCAGCACUGCUGUAAUCCAAGCGGCCAAAACGGAAACGCAUUCGCAUGUGGACAAAGAAGAAUCUGGAGAGAAGUUUAAGAUUGCGACUGAGAAAUUGAAGAAUCCCGAGGGAGCGGAUGAAGGUGGCCGAAUUGAGGUAUUGAAGUCCGCCAGAGAAUCUCACAAUGACGACUACUAUGGUGAUUAUUUGGAUGAGAACAAUGUCGUUAAGGUUGCGAGUAAGAAGAAAAAGGCGUUCCAACAUGAUGAAGGAUCGGUGGCGAGCAGCACGGAGAUGCCAACAACUAGCGAGAAAGCCACCACAGAAGCUAAGGAAGUGGAACAGACGACGGCGACGACAAUUGAAGAUGAGGCCACUACUACCACUGCUGAAGAAGCCACAGCGGAAGCGGAAACUACAACAACAACAGCUCCAACAACAACAACAACCGAAAAGGCAACUACUCCUGCUCCACCCACCACUCAUACAGCUCCACCUACUAGCAAAGCUGCUACAACCACGAAAGCAACACCGACGAAACAUGUUCAAGCUUCAACGAAGGAGGUGCCGAAAACAACUGCAAAACCGGUGGAGAAGAAACAACCGAAGCCACAGGAAGCUACAAAGAAAGUAGUGAAAGAGGACAACGAGGUUGCUGUUAAGAAGAUUGAUGCCAAGACCAUCGAAGAAUUGUCGAAGAUUGAAGCACAAGAGAAAGUCACACUUCUUCCACCACUUCCGACAUUCACGUUUCCAACAAUAGCGCCAGCAAAGCCUUCGAAAAAGACAACUCCUUUCAAAAUUCCGACGGGGAAGUCGGCAACUACACCUAAGCCGUUCACGUUUCCAACUAUUAAGCCAAUAACAUUCCCAACAGUGAAACCUGUCACUUUCCCAACGGUCAAACCAGUCACUUUCCCGACGGUGAAGCCUGUGACAUUCCCGACGGUGAAACCGUUCACGUUCCCAACGCUGCCUCCAACAACUACACCGAAGCCUCUUCCCACUCUUGAUGAACUUCUCGGAAAUUGGAACAACACAUUGAAGAAGCUUUUAACACCACCAAAGGCUUAA